CUCAGGAGGAACUUGACCAAACUGACCUUGCUGUUUAGUCACAUGCUCGGGGAGCUGAGGGCCAUGUUUCCAGGGGGCAUUUUUCAAGGUGACUCCUACAGGGUGACAAAGCCAGAGGCUAAGGAGUUUUGGAUGCGUUCAUUUGGAAACAAAUGUGUAGUGCAGUGGAUUCGUUUCAAAGAGCAGCUGCGGAGCGUACAUGCGUUUGAGGAAGGGAUGGAGUCCAUGGCUCUGAAAUCAACUAUAGAUCUCACCUGUAAUAACCACAUCUCUGUGUUUGAGUUUGACAUCUUCACCAGACUGUUUCAGCCGUGGAGGUCACUCAUAAGGAACUGGAACCAGCUGGCGGUGACUCAUCCAGGCUACAUGGCCUUCCUCACCUAUGACCAGGUUAUAGCUCGUCUGGAGCACCACCUGCAUCAACCCGGGAGCUAUAUCUUUCGCCUGAGCUGCACAAGAAUGGGUCAGUGGGCUAUCGGUCAUGUGACCAGUAAAGGGGCCAUUGUCCAGACCAUCCCCCAGAAUACACCUCUCUACGAGGCUCUCGUUCAGGGCUUCAUGGGAGGCUGCUACCUGUACCCGGAUGGCCGUGAUGUGAACCCUGACCUGACAAACGUAUUUGAACCGGCCCAGAGGGGCAAAGUCAAAGUUACAGAAGAGCAGUAUGAGCUUUACUGUGACAUCGGCAGCACCUUCCAGCUGUGUAAGAUCUGUGCAGAGAGGGAUAAGGACACUCGUAUCCAGCCCUGUGGGCAUCUCCUGUGCCAACCCUGCCUCAAAGGCUGGCAGCAGAAGUCAGCUGGCCACACCUGCCCGUACUGUCGCUGCGACAUCAGAGGAACAGAGUCCAUACUCGUCGAGCCCUACCGAUCAGGCAGAGGUCAGUGGGAGGAGGAGGAGGGUGAGGACGAGCAAGAGGAGGACGACCAUGAGGACAUUGAACUGAUGUUAAAGGAAAUGGCUGCCACGAGGAAGUUCUCACAUUUGGAUUUCGAAGUUCCCAUGUCGCACCUCAGCGCUCCACCUCUGCUCCCUAAAACCCUCACAACCGCCCGCUGUCCGUCUCCCUCCAGACAAACGGAGACUUCAGAAACCGACACACUGGACCAACACUCACGUUCACAGGCGGGAAGUGGCAAUGGAGCUCGUAGAAGACACACACAACAGACACACAGCAGCGCUGAACUCCUCACAGAAGCAGAGAGUGUCCCUUCCUCUCAGAAGGGUGUGGACAGUUGGAUAGCAUGGCUCGGACCCUCCAGCCCGGCCACACCGAGACAAAGACACGAAGAGAGGGAGGAAUCGAGAGCGGGGCUCAGAGAAGACAAACGUGACCUGGAGGAGAUGACGAGCACAAUGUCGUCCUGAUAGAAAAAGACACCUCUAAUUCCAGAAAUCGGGUCUCAGUGAAUGUAAAAAACAGUUUCUGGUUUCAUGUUUAGUGGUAAAUGUGUCAGCUGCACUGCUGAAGUUAGGGUUAGAGAUGAGAGGGACUCACUGAGGCCUCCUGCUGUUCAACAAUCACUCCGACAUUAUCUCCACAGCAGGUUCACAGCUGAUCUGCAUAAUCAAAGCAUUUCACCAGACUCCGGGGAAAAAUGGACAUCUUUGAAAAGCUUGAUAUUUGAAAAUGGAAGGGAGACACAUAUCACAUAUCUUGGGAGAAUAUAAAGAUAAAUAACCCAUACCAUGCAUGUGUUCUUAUUAAUAAAUGAUUAUAUGGUAUUAAAAUCAAACUAAUAAACCUGUAACUGACACAUA